CGCAGCUUAGAGCAGUCGUCACUGCCCCUGGGAGAAUAUAGGGUUGUUAAAUUUAUUUGAUUUUUAUUAAAAAAAUUCUGAAACAGACCUACAGUUUGCUUGUUUAUAUGCUUUUUUCGAUCAGCUGUUAAGUGUAUAGUCAGUUUAAAAUCACCACAUAAAAAUAAUCACACCUAACUUCACAGUUAUUGCGGUAUUUUCAUUUAUUUUUCUUCAUCAGCACAAUGGAAAGUGAAAAAGAUUUGGCUCUGAUGAAUUCUUCAACCGCGGGAGAAGAUAAUGGAAAAACGCAAUUUUAUUGGACUAAAAAACAAGAGAUUAUGCUUAAAAUAUGGGAACGUCAGAAGUUAGCGAAAGAUCGUAAAUAUCCAAAACAUUUUGUAGACUGGGCAACGGAACUAAAAAACCGUUUCAAUGUGAUUGUGUCACCCGAGGAAAUGCUCUCUAAACGUAGCAAAAUUCAGGCUAAAUAUAGGCAAAUGAGAAAGAAACUUCAGAACGGUAAUGGGAAGGAAAAUAUUCGCUGUAAGAAAUUUGAUGCAAUAUGCCAAAUUUUAGUUAACCAAUUUCGAAGGAGUGGUGAAUCAAUUCCUCUGAAAGAUGCAGAAAGUAAUGGCAACUUUGUCAAAAAGAGAAGAUCUAUUAGUUUAUUAUCCCAAGCGAAGCAUAGCAUUUCCACAGAAGAAAAUGCUACAACUGUGGUAGUUGCGGGAAUGCAGCAAGAACAAGGGAUUGCUGGUACCAGUGGUCAAAAUAAACGUAAACGACGGCAGGUGAAAGCUGUUCCAAAAAAAACUUUAGAGCAGCAGAUUUUGGAAUUUGAGAAUCGAAAUCAACAGUUAUUAUCUCAAUGUACUGAAAUUAUGCUAGAAAUAACAGCAAAAAUUGAGCAAAUGGAUUCUAAAUAGUUUUCUAUAUAAUCUCAGUGCAAGAUAUUAAUAAAUACGAUCGUA